AGAAACUUCUGAAGAAUCCCACUCCAAGCACUGCCAUGGAUCUCUCCAUGGCUACCGGGCCGGAAGACUCCCUCCUUCUGCUCCUCCUCCCUGCCACUUCCCUCCUCCCGCCACUUCUAGCCGCGCUCCUUCUCGCCGCCUCCCUCGUGUGGCUCUCGCCGGGCGGUCCGGCGUGGGCCUUGUCCCUCUGCCGCCGCCCGCCGCCAGGCCCGCCGGGUGUGGUCACCGCGCUGUCCAGCCCCGUGGCGCACCGCGUCAUGGCGGCACUGUCCCGCUCCGUCCAGGGCGGGGCCGCAUUGAUGUCCUUCUCCGUCGGCCUUACCCGCGUCGUCGUCUCGAGCCAGCCCGACACGGCGCGCGAGAUCCUCGUCAACCCGGCGUUCGGAGACCGCCCCGUGAAGGACGCGGCGCGGCACCUCCUCUUCCACCGCGCCAUGGGUUUCGCCCCGUCAGGCGACGCGCACUGGCGCGCGCUCCGCCGCCUCGCCGCGGCGCACCUCUUCGGCCCGCGCCGCGUGGCGGCCUCCGCGCCCCAACGCGCCUCGAUCGGGGCGCGCAUGCUCGGCGACGUCGCCUCCCUCAUCGCCCGCCAUGGCGAGGUCGCCCCUCGGCGGUUCCUGCACGCGGCGUCCCUCAGCCACGUCAUGGCCGUCGUCUUCGGUAAGCGCUACGACGAUUUCGCGAGCCAAGAAGGCGCCGCCGUGGAGGAGAUGGUGAACGAAGGGUACGACCUCCUCGGCACGUUCAACUGGGCCGAUCACCUGCCGUUGCUCAAGUGGCUCGACCUCCAGGGCGUGCGCCGCCGGUGCGACAGGUUAGUCCGGAAGGUGGAGGCGUACGUCGGCAACAUCAUACAGGAGCAUAGGGCGAAGCGCGCCGCCAGAGGAGGCAUUGCCGAUGAGCUCUCCGGCGACUUCGUCGACGUGCUCCUCGGCCUAGAAGGAGAGGACAAGAUGUCAGAUUCCGACAUGGUCGCUGUUCUCUGGGAGAUGAUCUUUAGAGGGACGGACACGGUGGCAAUCUUGAUGGAGUGGAUCAUGGCGAGGAUGGUGCUGCACCCGGAGAUCCAGGCGAAGGCACAGGCGGAGGUGGACGCCGUGGUUGGCCGUGGCAGGGCCGUGACGGACGAGGACGUGGCCAGGCUCCCCUAUAUCCAGUGCAUCGUGAAGGAGACGCUGCGCAUGCACCCGCCGGGCCCGCUCCUGUCGUGGGCGCGGCUAGCCGUGCACGACGCGCACGUCGGCGGCCACCUCGUCCCCGCCGGCACGACGGCGAUGGUGAACAUGUGGGCCAUCGCGCACGACGCGGCGCUGUGGCCCGAGCCGGAGCUGUUCCGCCCGGAGCGGUUCAUGGAGGAGGACGUAAGCGUGCUCGGCAGCGACCUCCGCCUGGCCCCCUUCGGCGCCGGCCGCCGCGUGUGCCCCGGCAAGAUGCUGGCCCUCGCCACCGUCCACCUCUGGCUCGCGCAGCUGGUGCAGCAGUUCGAGUGGGCACCGGCGACCUCGGGCGGCGUCGACCUGUCGGAGCGCCUCAACAUGUCCCUUGAGAUGGCGACGCCCCUCGUGUGCAAGGCCGUCGCUCGCUAG